UUUGUCCCCUUCCUGUUCCUCGUGAAGUCGAAGAGAAGGUGACGUUAGCUACUGCUCCUUCAUUGCCGUCAGUCGGUGAUUGCCCUUUCUCGAGAAUCCUCCUUCAUACCACCGUCCUCCUAACCACCCCUCACACCCUAUCCCGUCCGUCUCGCCUCACCCCAUUCCACUUCGUCCCAACCACCCCCUCUGCUUUCUUUCAUUCAGUGCGCUUUUUCUUUCUUGCUCAUUACAUAAGUUGUCAAAAUGUCAGAGAAGCAGACCGGAACGGUCUCUGACCGAUCGACCAGUGGUUCAAUUCCGCCUGAAGUGGGUAAUAACUCGAACGUGGAUAUCGCCUUAACCUAUGUUAGAAACGUGGGCGCCGGAGGCGGACAUGUCGGCCAGAAGGAAUUGGUACGGAAGAUCGAUUGGAGGAUCGUCCCAAUUAUGUUCGCCUGUUACACUAUGCAGUUUCUUGAUAAAGUUCUCAUCAACUAUGCUGCAGUUAUGGGUAUGCCGAAAGACCUCAAGCUGAAGGGAAAUGAUCUUACAUGGGCUGCCACUUCAUUCUUUGUUGCGUAUCUUGUUGCAGAAAUUCCUACUGGCUACCUCUUGCAGAAAAUGCCGGCCGGAAAGUAUCUUGGGGCGAAUGUAGUUCUUUGGGGUAUCGUAACUGUCUGCACAGCUGCCACAAAUAGCUUCACUGGCUUCGUCGUGGCAAGAGUGUUCCUGGGUAUAUUCGAGGCUGCUAUUGCUCCAUGCCUUACUAUUAUCACUGGAAUGUGGUACACUACCUCUGAGCAACCGCCUCGCUUUGCUUUCUGGUACUGCGGUUUGGGUAUAGGUCAAAUCGUUGGUGGUCUCGUCUCGUACGGCUUUCAGCAAAUCAAGGGGGAAUCAUUGGAGGGAUGGCGAGUCAUGUUUAUCGUCCUUGGGCUUGUUACAAUCCUCAUUGGGUCUGUGACAUACCUCUUCUUGCCAGAUACUCCAAUGACGGCCUCGUUCCUCACGAAGGAAGAGAAAGUCGUAGCCAUCAACCGCAUCGCCGAUAACCAGACCGGUAUUGAAAACCGUACCUUCAAGUGGUCCCAGAUCAAGGAAUUGGCCAUGGACGUGCAAAUCUACCUCAUAGGCCUAGUGAUCCUUUUGGCCUCGAUCUCAAGUGGUGUCAUCACAACCUACUCUUCAACCCUCAUCCGCAACUUCGGCUACACCCCUCCGAUUGCCGCUCUUCUCAAUAUGCCAUCCGGAGUUGUCUCCCUCGCUGUAACCAUCCUUUCCGGUGUAGCGGUGGGUAAGGCCUCAAACAGAUGGCUUUGGAUCGCUGGACUUGCAAUACCAGGGGCCAUCGGGGGUGGCCUCAUGUCUUUCUUGCCAAAGAGCAACCGCGCAGGUCUCCUCGUGGGAAUUUACCUCGUCAAUUCGAUCGUCUCUGUGCUGAUCAUUGUCUACAACUGGUUAUCGGCAAACAUCGCGGGUCACACUAAGCGCACGGUGGCAAUGUCCUUAGUCUCUGGCUCAUUUUCAAUCGGGAACAUCAUUGGCCCGCAGACAUUCCAAGCGAGGGACGCUCCAAACUUUUAUCCCGCCAAGAUUGCUGUUUUGGCAACUCAAGCCAGCGCCGCUCUCGCGGCGAUCGUGUUGAGGUUAUAUUACGGAUGGCAGAACUCUAAGAGGGAGAAGCGCUCUGAGAUUCCACACAGUCUUCCGGAGGAUUACAAGUGGUUGAAUUUGACCGACAAGGAAAACCCCAACUUUAGAUAUGUCUAUUAG